UAAAAACACACUUUGCUUGGCUUGGUUGGGUCUGCUGCUUGCAUUUCUUCUCUUCGCUGAUCUUGGCGAAGGAAUUCAAGAACCGAAGAUUUGAAAGAUGGCGGCUGCCGGAGGCCCCGAUCCGUUGUUUGGAUUGAGGAACAACUUCUACUUGGGUGCGUAUCAGGCCGCGAUUAACAACAGUGAUAUAGCUAAUCUUUCCUCCGAAGCAGAAAUCGAGAGGGACACCCUCGUUUACCGCUCUUAUAUUGCUCUCGGUAGUUUCCAGCUUGUGAUAAAUGAGGUCGAUUCAUCUGCGGCAACCCCACUUCAGGCCGUGAAAUUGCUGGCGGAAUAUCUUUCCGGCCCUGAAAACAAGGAAAAUGUUAUCUCAAGUCUAAAUGAGUGGCUGGCAGAUCCAGCUGUCGGAAACAAUGUCAUCUUGCGCCUUAUUGCAGGGAUUGUAUUCAUGCAUGAACAAGAUUACAAUGAAGCUUUGAAGCAUACAAAUACUGGAGGAACAUUGGAUCUGCAUGCUUUGAAUGUCCAAAUUUUUCUUAAGAUGCAUCGGUCUGACUAUGCUGAGAAGCAGUUGAGAAUUAUGCAAGGUAUAGAUGAAGAUCAUACUCUGACUCAACUGGCAACUGCGUGGCUGAACUUGGCUGUGGGCGGUGCAAAAAUCCAAGAAGCAUAUCUUAUUUUCCAGGACUUCUCUGAGAAGUACCCAAUGACUAGCUUGAUCCUCAACGGAAAGGCUGUCUGCUGCAUGCACAAAGGGGAAUUCGAUGAAGCAGAAACACUUCUACUAGAAGCACUAAACAAGGAUGCAAAGGAUCCAGAAACCCUUGCAAAUCUGGUUGUUUGUAGUCUUCACCUUGGAAAAGCAUCAUCACGCUAUCUUAGCCAAUUGAAAUUGUCUCACCCAGAUCACAUACUUGUUAAACGUGCAUCUUCUGCCGAAGAGAACUUUGACAGAGCACUUCAAACAGUUGCAUAAAGACUGCAUCUUGCUAGUAUUGAGUUUUGAGUUUAAUAUUGGAAAAAUUCUAGACACCGGAGAGAUCUUAUAAAUGUUGAAUCUACAAGCAAGUCAUAUAGUAUGGUUUAUAUCUUAUCUGCGGUUAGAAAUAUUUGUGUGAUGUACUGCCACUCUGAGAUUUCCUAUCUUUUGUGGUAUAAAUAUUACUUUCUUAA